AUGCAGGCGGUGCUGAGCCUCCUGCUGCCCUGCCUCCUGGCCCAGGUGUGGCUGGUACCCGGUUCCACCCCUGGUCCCCGCUCACCAGAGGCCCAGGCAGGACUGGAGACUCUGCCAACCCCCAGGGCCCAGACCGAGAGCAGCGAGGGGGCGCGGGUCCUGCAGGAGGACGAGGGCCCCCCCUGGCUGACAGCCAACUGGCAGAAGCUCUCUGGGGAGACCUCCAACUUGGGGUUCAGUCUGCUUCGUAAGAUCUCCAUGAGGCACGACGGCAACGUGGUCUUCUCCCCGCUCGGCCUGGCCUGGGCCAUGGCAGCCUUGACCCUGGGGGCCAGGGGACAGAGCAGAGCCCAGCUGGAGACGGGGCUCCGCCUGCAGGCCCUGAAUCAGACCCUGCCCGCCGUGAACCAGACCCGGCCCCCGCGCCUGCCUGCCCUCUUCAAGCAGCUCCGAGAAAGCCUGUCCCACAACCCAGAGCUGGGCCUGACCCAGGGGAGUUUUGCCUUCAUCCACGAGGACUUUGAUGUCAAAGAGACCUUCCUCAAUUUCUCCAAGAGGUAUUUCGAUAUGGAGUGUGUGACUAUAAAUUUUCGCAACGCGUCCCAGGCCAAAGGGCUCAUGAAUCAUCACAUUAACAAAGAGACUCAGGGGAGAAUUCCCAAACUCUUUGAGGAGGUUAAUCCUGACACCAAAUUAAUUCUUGCGGAUUACAUCUUGCUCAAAGGGAAAUGGCUGACCCCUUUUGACCCUGUCCUCACCGAGACAGACACUUUCUACCUGGACAAGUACAAGGCAGUCAAGGUGCCCAUGAUGUAUAGGGCAGGCAAGUUUGCCUCCACUUUUGACAAGAAUUUUCGUUGCCACGUCCUCAAACUGCCCUACCGAGGAAAUGCCACCAUGCUGGUGGUCCUCAUGGGAAGGAUAGGGGACCACCUGGCCCUUGAGGACUACUUGACCACAGAUUUGGUGGACACGUGGCUCAGGAACAUGAAAACCAGAAAAAUGGAAGUUUUCUUUCCAAAGUUCAAGUUAGACCAGAAGUAUAAGAUGCAUGAGCUGCUGAAACAGAUGGGAAUCAGAAGAAUCUUCUCACCCUGGGCUGACCUGAGUGAUCUCUCAGUUACUGAAAGAAAUCUUAAAGUAUCCAAGGUUUUACAAAGAGCGAUGAUUGAGGUGGAUGAAGAAGGAACAGAGGCGGUGGCGGGAACCCUGUCAGAAAUCACUGCUUAUUCCAUGCCUCCCAUCAUCAAAGUGGACCGGCCGUUUCACUUCAUCAUCUAUGAAGAAACCUCCAGAAUCGUGCUAUUUCUGGGCAGGGUGGUGAAUCCGACUCUCCUGUGA